UUUGCUUGGAGGACGCCAUUUGCCUCUGCGGUUAGGUCCCAGGAGUCCCUAACUAUCGGAGAUCGGGGCUGUUCCCCGUCCUUGGGCCUGUCGUCUGCUCCCCUUCUCGUGCAGGGGAGGCGGGUCGGCCUCAUCUCAGAGCGUGUGUCCGGACCGUGACUCCGCUGGCCGCCCGUUGGGCCGCGGCGUCCGCAGGGCCUGUGCGCUCGCCCUUCAUCCCCGCUGUCGCCCAGGGCCGCGCCCCGUCCGCGGAGGACACUGCGAUCCGCGGUCCGGACUGCGACGGUCAGCCGAGGUCGCCCGUGCUCGCCUCCUCAGGGUCGCACGAUGGCGGCGUCGCCGCCUCGCCAGGUGCAGGUGAUUGAUGGUGAUUUCGGAGCUGACAGGCUGGGAGCAGGGACACAUGCACCGGCUUGGACCAAGCCUGUAGACCUGGGUUGUCACUUAAUUUGUCCCCGGUUCUAAACGGUGUUGGGCCACUGACAGGUGGUCAUUGAGUUGCUUUAAGAAUGGGUGAUGCCUUGUCUAGGGUUCCCAUCGUCAAUCCCAAACCCCCACUGCAUCCUGCAGGGGUCCUCCCUGGGUCACCUGUUUUCCCACAGGUGACCUUGGACAAAGGAGCCAGAGAAGACAUGAGGGUUUCUAGGCGGAAGGGCACGGACAAAGGCCAGUUGCAGCCUGUGUGCAGGGGGUCACCUGUCUUCAGCCAGGACAGACAUUGGCAAGGCUCUUCCUCUCCUGGUCACUGUUUGUGCUCCCUGGUCCUGAAGUGGCCUGGCUCCGGGGGUAAGUUCAUUCAGGAUUCAGGAAGGGAAAGAGGCUAUUGAUUUGUUGUGGAAUCUCCCUGGGAGACCUGACACCUAUGGCGUGUGGGGCGCUGGCUCAGGUCUGGACAUUACCCAGGUAGGUGCUGCCCCUUCAGGCGGUUCUCCUGUGAAGGUGAAGCUCUACUACUCUGCUCACAUGCUCACAGAUAUAUUUUUAGGGGUGACAAAAGUGGAUUUCACAGCAAAAGUUGGUGCAAAUGGUCCUGGCCAAGUGGCUCCAUUGGUUAGAGCAUGGUCCCCAUACUCCAAGGUUGCAGGUUCAAUCCUGGGCCAGGGAAAGUACAAGAAUCAACCAGUGAAUGCAUAAAUAAGUGAAACAGACAAUGUUUCUCUCUCUCUCUCUCUCUCUCGCCUCCCUUUCCUUCUAAAAUCAAUAAAUCAAAAAAAGUUUGGAUACAAACCACAGGAGACAGAACUGAGGAGUUUUGGUUCCUUUAACCAAGAAGUGGAGCCCUCAGCAUGGGGCAGGCAGUUGCAGAAUCAGUGAGACCCAGGCACAUCUGUUAUUACCAUUACUGACAUUAUUAUUGUCAUUAUUUUCUCAUUCUGAUGUCCUGGAGCCUUUCUUACUGUCUGCAUCUCACAGUCUGUAUGCCACUUCCCUUGUCUUGUCUCAGUUACAAUGGCUCCUGCCGAGGCUUUUCUCCUACACUGUGGUACUAUGUCCAAAGCAUUGCCCACCUCCCCCUGAGCCCAGCACAGAGCUCGGCCUUCAGGAGGUGCUUGCAGCUCUGGGCCUUGAUGUCUGCACCUUUACCGUGAUGCAAAGAUGAUUGCUGAUUCUGUACAGCAGCCCCAAGGCCAAUUCAACUUCCUCUGUUUGACUUUCCAGGUAUCUGUGACCUUCAGCGAUGUGGCUGUGACCUUCACCCAGGAGGAGUGGGGGCAGCUGGACCCAGCCCAGAGGACUCUGUACCAGGAGGUGAUGCUGGAGACCUGCAGGCUCCUAGUGUCUCUGGGGUGUCCUGUUCCCAGUCCUGAGCUGGUCCACCAGUUGGAGCAUGGGCAGGAGCUGCGGAUGGUGGAGAAGGACCUCUCCCAGAGCACCUGUCCAGGUGACAAAAUAAAACUCAGGAGCACAGAACCUACCACCUGUGAGCCUGCCCUACUUGAGAGAUUCUCACCCCAGGAGCAACUAACACAAAAAAUUGCAGGAGACUCCCAAAUGGACCAGACCAACGAUCGGGAUGGGCCAUCAGAAGUAUCUAUGCAGGAAGGACACUUGAGAGCAAGGAUAGACCCCCCGAGGGAGAAGCUCCCAGGGAGCCCUGAACGUGGAGGCUUAUGGUCAGCUAGCAGUGUGCCUUCGGGGAGUGCUCGGGCGCCAGUUCCUUCGGGAGGUGCUCUCCUUGACCAUGACUCACAGGAAUUUGAUAAACAUCCCAUGGUUCAGGAAGAGGAAAACAUCUUUAAAUGCAAUGAAUGUGGGAAAGUGUUUAACAAGAAACAUCUUCUUGCUGGACAUGAAAAGAUUCACUCUGGAGUGAAGCCCUAUGAAUGCACAGAGUGUGGGAAAACAUUUAUUAAGAGCACACACCUCCUUCAGCACCACAUGAUCCACACAGGGGAGCGGCCCUAUGAAUGCCUGGAGUGCGGGAAGGCCUUCAACCGGAAGUCAUACCUCACCCAACACCAGAGGAUUCACAGUGGAGAGAAGCCCUAUAAGUGCACUGAAUGUGGAAAGGCCUUCACCCAUCGCUCCAAUUUUGUCUUGCAUAAGAGGAGACACACUGGAGAAAAAUCCUUUGUCUGCAAAGAAUGUGGGCAGGUAUUUCGACACAGGCCAGGAUUUCUUCGGCAUCACAUCAUCCACGGUGGUGAGAAUCCCUAUGAGUGCUUCGAGUGUGGCAAGGUCUUCAAACACAGGUCAUACCUCAUGUGGCACCAGCAGACUCACACAGGGGAGAAGCCCUAUGAGUGCAGCGAGUGUGGGAAGGCCUUCUGUGAGAGUGCAGCCCUCAUUCACCACUAUGUCAUCCAUACUGGGGAGAAGCCCUUCGAGUGCCUGGAGUGUGGGAAGGCCUUCAACCACAGGUCGUAUCUCAAGAGGCACCAGCGGAUCCACACUGGAGAGAAGCCCUUUGUGUGCAUGGAAUGUGGUAGGGCCUUCACCCACUGCUCCACUUUUAUCUUGCAUAAGAGGGCCCACUCUGGAGAGAAACCUUUUGAGUGUAAAGAAUGUGGGAAAGCCUUCAGCACUAGGAAAGACCUUAUACGACACUUCAGCAUCCACACUGGAGAGAAGCCCUAUGAGUGCAGUGAGUGUGGGAAGGCCUUUAACCGCAGGUCAGGCCUCACGCGGCACCAGCGGAUUCACAGUGGGGAGAAGCCCUAUGAGUGCAUGGAGUGUGGGAAAUCCUUCUGCUGGAGCACUAACCUCAUUCGACACGCCAUCAUCCACACUGGAGAGAAGCCCUACAAGUGCAGCGAGUGCGGAAAGGCCUUCAGUCGUAGCUCAUCCCUCAGUCAGCAUCAAAGGAUGCAUUCUGGCAGAAACCCUGUCAGUGUAGCAGAAGUGGGAAGACCCUUCACAAGCGGGCAGACUGCACUCACUCUCCGAGAACUCCUGUUAGGGAAAGACUUUUUGAAUGUAAACACUGAGAGAAAUCUUUUGCCAGAGAAAACAUCUACCACAGCAUCUGAAAGUGCACACCAAAGAGACACCCCACAAGAAUCUUCACUGUGAGAAAACCCAUUGUUGUUCAUCAUCACUUGUCACAGGAAGACACAUUUUAGAAACUGACACAGCCUAGAGCCUUAUUCUGCAUCUGAGAAUUCACCUAUAAGGGAGUGAUCAGUCUUACUGUGCACCAAGGAAAACCUUCCCCUCCAGUUUUUUACUUAGUUUGCAGAGCAGUGUAUCUCAGGAAUUUUUUUUUUUUUUUAAGAAAUAGGAGACUUAGAAAAGAAAACGCAAUGAGACUUCUCUGUUAAGCCUGUAGCACUUUGUCAUGGAUUACCUAGUUUACUUGGGGCAAGAAUAAUGUUUUAGGGGCAGAGGCCUUGAUCCUUUAUGUAUUUUGUAUACAUUCAUGGCUAUCCAAUGUUAAGAGAGACAGUUAAGGGUGGGUAUUUAAGAUGAUAAGGAUACAUGUAUAAAUGGGUAUAUUUUAUUGUACCAGUUAAGAUUAUUAAGGCUUUGACUUUUAAAAGACCAUUCUCUUUGUAGUUUAAAACCUAAAACUUUAUUACCCCCAAUUUCUUUUAUUUCUGUAGCUAGACUGGAAAUCUUAAAAUUGAGUAAAGUGAUUCCUCUCUAUGUUACUUAAAUUGGAGUUAGCUUUCCUAAUUUCUUUAACUUCUUAUAUAAAUCUUAAGAUCAUCUAUUCUUACCAAAAAAAAUCUUACUCUCAUUUUAUAGAAAUUUAUUUCACACUGUAUGUCAGUUUGAGAAUUGGCAUCAUGAACAAGCACAUAAUAUGACUACAUUUAUUUAAGUCAUCCUCAAUUUAUUUUGUUAGCAUUUUAUAAUUUUCAAUAUCCAAGUUCUGAACAUUUUUGUUAGGAUAUCUAGGCUUUUGUUUUUGAGUGAUGGUGUCAUUGAUUUUAAAUUUUUAUUUUCCUCAUGCUCUUUGGUAAUACACAGAAGUGUAAUUGUUUUGGGGGUGUUUUGGUAUCCUGCGACCUUGCUGAACUCACUUAUUAGCCAUUUCUUUGGCUAGAACCAUUGGGAUUUCCUACUAAGAAAUAUCAGUUGCAAAUACAGUUUUAUUUCUUCCUUUCCAAUUUAUAUACCUAUCAUUUUCUUUUCUUGUCUUAUUGCACUAGGUAGGCCUUCCAGUGUGAAGUUGAAUAGUAGUGUAGUAAGAAGGGACAUUCUGGACUGGUUCCUAAUACUAGGGGGGAACGUUCAGUUUUUCACCAUUAAGUAUGAUAAUAGUUGUAAGUUGUUUUCACAGUUUUCUUACCAAGUUUAGAAAGUUUCCAUCUAUUCUUAAUUUGUUGAGAUUUUUUUGUUAUGAAUAAGUAUUGGAUUCUGUCAAAUGCUUUCUUUUCAUCGAUUGAUGAUUUGAUUUUUUUCUUUAGCCUAUUGCUGUUACAGUAUUGCAAUGAGUUUUGAAUAUUGAACCAGCCUUGCAUUCUUGUAAUAAAUCUCACUUGGUUGUGGAGUAUAAUUCUUUUUAUAUAGCACAUUAAUAUACCAUAUUAAAGCAUUCCAUUUUAUUAUAUUUUGUUGAGGAAGUUUUCUAAUUUCUUGACUAAUGAUGAGUAGUUUUUUGGGUGUUUUUUUUUUUUUUUUUUACUCAUCUGGUUUUUAUAAGUAUGGAAGUAUUGGGGAUAUAUAUUUCAUAUUGGAUACUGGAUAGUUUGUCCUUUUCAAUGAAUUAUUACAUUUCAUCUAAAUUUUCUAUUUUGUUUGUAGCCCGAUUUGAAGUAAUUUUUAAGGUUUAUUUAUUUUCAGAGAGGGGGCGAGGUAUCAGGCAAGCAACACCUCCUAUGCUGCGAAGUUCUACAGUACUUUUCAAACCAGCCAGUCCUAAGGUGUGUUUACCUGCCCUGCCUUCUCUUUCCUGCAGAAAACACAACCAAGGGGCUGAGCCGUGUUUUGUCCUUGGGGCUUCUGCCCCCUGAACCACCCUGGUGCUUUCCCCACCUGGCCCUGGGUGGCAAGUCCUGACUCCUGCUCCAUAGAGAUCUGUGAACAUAAACUUCCUUCUUCACUUCCAAGGCUACACGUUUUACCUGAUUAAGCAAAUACCAGGGACAUUUAGAACACAUUGCAGGUUACAACCUCUACGAUGGACAAGGUUCUACAAAACUUGUCUCCAUUUAUCUAUCUUAUCUUGUACACUCUGACGCCUGCAGAUGCAGCUCUAGCCACACUGGCCUUGUAUACUAGCCUUACUUUUCCUCAAACACCCCAGAACGCGUCCCAACCCAGAAAUGUCAUUCUCAAAGACCUAGGAACAAUCUCUGAAAUGAAAUCCUGUGAAAGGGAAGGAGCCUGACUUCGGUGGGCUCCUUGCUCCAAGUUGCAAAACUCCAUUGUGUUCUAAAGAAUGAGAAGUUUGUUUUACAGAAAACCAAUGUAAGGGCAGGUAGCCCUCCAGUUACUAGGUAAAUUUUGGUUUAACUCUGUGUAACAUGUUGCUGCCACAUUUUCUUACUUCAGGUCUCAUUAUUUUGAAAACGUAAUAGGUUUUGUCUGCUUGGCUCAAUGAAAGGGCGAGAUUCUGUCUUUUCAAUGUUAGUGAAUAUCUGAUGCACAUCACGUUCUGGUUUAAUGCUUAUCCAAUAAUAAACCCUUUCACUUCUGUA